AUGAAGAAAAACAUAGAAAACCAUAAAAAAUCAUCCGAAAAAUGCAAUGGAAGGAUAUAUCAAUCAGUAUAUAUUAAAAGUACUAUAUUAUGUGCGCAUAAUAGUAAUAUUUACUUAGAUACUGCUAGAAAAUUUAAAAAAUGUAACAUCUGUUCCCGACACAUGCCGUUAUCUAACUUAUUCAAUUUACCCAUAAAUUAUUCCUAUAAUAUGACUUUUCGAAAAUGUAUUAAAUUAAUAGGAAUAUGCAAGUUAUUUAUAUUACAAUUUACUGUUGCAAUGGCACAAAAGGGGUGUGGGGAAGGAAGUACAGAAUCAAGUGGAAGUGGUGCAGAUACUCAGGCAUAUAAACUUUUGACAACAGUUAAUGUUAAAUUGUGUCCAUUAUGCUCAGCUAUUUUAUCGAAUUAUAAUGAAUAUUGUGGGAAAUAUUAUCUAGGAAUUGUAAUUCC